UCGGAAAAAUACAAAACAAAACAAAGUCCACUCUUCACUCUCUCAAGUCUCAACUGGGCAGAGAGACCAUACCAUACCACAUCAGAUCCUUUUCUUUCUCCAUUUCCCAACCAAUCCAAUCCACCUUACCCGCCAUUGUUAUUCUCUUCACAAACACUCACACCUUUUUCUCCUUCUCUCCAAACCCUAUUCCAAUCUUCCUCAUCAUAUUCUUCUCUUUCAUCUAUCUAACCAAAGUUUUCUCCUUUUUUAACUACCCCCUUUCUUCAAUACAAUCAAUCACUGCGUUUUCUCUUCAAAUUCACAUACAAACCCUAGAUUUUUUCUCUCCAUUUUGGUACUCCGGUAGACCCUUUAUCGCUAUCAGCAUAGCACAGUUUUGCAUUGGUGGAAAUUCUCCGGUCCAAAUAUGAGCCUAGCAUGUCUUGCAUGCCACAAUGUAGAAAGUCCAUCACACUCAUUCAGGAGUUACUCGGUUUCAAGUUCCGAUAAUAAUGGUAGAUGUUCUGCUAUUGCCAACUGCUUAACCACCUGGAGAUCAUCACUACCUACUCACACGACGAGUUCUUCCUUAUCAACAUCUAAAGUAACCCCGCAACCUUCAAUGCCAACCAGUAGUAUAACAGGUACCCCUCGGUUAGUCAGAAGCUGUGCCGUGAGAAGGGAUAUUGUUAGAGACUGGAACUUUGAUGAGGCUGUGAUGGAACGUUAGAUUCGCUCGCUUUGCUAGUUUCAGAUAAUGGUGAGUACUUAGGCUCUUUUUCUUAUUUUUUGUUUGAUGUUAGGAACCAGUCUUGCAAUCUAAUUUUGUUAUUGUACCGAUUGCAAAACCCGAACUCAGAUUUUUCUAAUAGUAGAUUCUGAAUGCAAGCAUUGAAAUGAAGUCUUCUAUGCAA